AUGGCGAUGUUGGUGUUGGGGACAGGAAAGAGAAAGCUGAAGCCCAGGGGCAACAGAAGGACAACAAAAGAAGGAUCCAGUGAUUUGAAAUUCCAGAACCUCUGUCUGCCGAAAAAUAGGUCAUGGCCUCGAAUGCACAAUGCCACCGGCCAGUACCGGGCUGUCGACGAGCCUCUUCUGGAACAGGAAAGGAACUUUGCUGUGGCAGUUCUGGAUGGAUCGAAAGACCACAUGGAUGGCGACUAUGAGGACCCUGAGCUUCACAUGGUAGAAGCAUGGCCAUCAAUACAAAUUUUGCCAGCCAGGCCUAUAAAGGAAUCAGAAUAUGCAGAUACACGCUAUUUCAAGGGUAUGAUGGACACUCCCAAUCCCUUAGACACCAAGACCUCUGUCCCCAUGGAGCGCCAUCCCUGGUGCACACAGAUGGGGCUGGAGAAAGUGGGCAAACCCGUUUCCAAGGAUUCCAGAAGCCAACAUGUUAAAGGAGACAGACCCACAAAGGGAAACAAGACUCCUUUACCACCUCCUCGGCCACUUGCCACUCUUCCAAAGAAGUACCAGCCCUUGCCCCCACAGCCGGAGAGUAGCCGGUCGCCCCUCCCUCAGAGGCUCAGCCUCCCCAACGUCCAGAAAGGACCCAGGCAGAUAAGCUUAAAGGACUUAAGUGAGGUCCUUGGGACAGAUCGAGUUCCUCAUUAUCAGAUGAAACCUGAAUCAAUUCACCUGUCACGAAAUCAAAGCCCUCCAGAGACUCCUCUUGCCACUGCCAGCUCACCAUUCAUGACCAGGAACCACAGUGUGCAAAACAGAGAUCAUAAAGAAAGCAUGCAGUUUCAUCCUCCUCAGAGAUGUCAGUCUCCAGCCCACCUCAGCCCUCAGGAAAAUUCACUGCACUAUAAAAACACGAACUGGAGAAAACCUUUCCCCACAAGGUCUGAUGAAAAGGAUGUCCAACAGAAUGACUGGUACAUCGGAGAACACAGUCGCCAGGCAGUGGAAGAGGCAUUAAGGAAGGAGAACAAGGAUGGCACUUUCUUGGUCCGAGACUGUUCCACGAAAACCAGGGCAGAACCCUACGUGCUGGUGGUGUUUCAUGGGAACAAAGUCUACAAUGUGAAAAUCCGUUUCCUGGAGAAGAAUCAGCAGUUUGCCCUGGGGACAGGAUUGAGGGGAGAUGAGAAGUUUAACUCAGUGGAAGACAUCAUCGAACACUACAAGUAUUUUCCCAUCAUACUAAUUGAUGGGAAAGACAAAACUGGAAUCCACAGGGAGCAAUGCUACCUGACUCAGCCCCUCCCCCUCAGCAGGUGCUUCUCACCUUGGUAG